CCCACAAUGCACUAAAUCGGCAGAAACAUCUUUGAAAAAUGCUCCAACAACACGGAAUUAGUUUUCAAAUGAAUGCCGAUAGACAGAACAAAGCAGCCACAACUUCCAAUCGAAUAGUCUCCGCUCCAGCUACAAAUGAAUUUGACGAGCGGCAUCGUAAACAAGGGAUUGAUGCUGCAAGAGCUCUUGCUUCACAAUAUCGGAGCCGAAUUACGGAAAAUAGAGAUGCAAAUCAACGACAGGCUGCUCGAGAACUCAGCAGAUAUGUUCGAAGUGAGCUGAAAGACGAGCCAAAUACUUUUAGUGAUGCUUUCCUGAAUGCAAUCGAUGGACGAACAGAUAUAGCCUCUCAGAGUGCAAUUUAUAAUUGUAUGAAGUCGAAUUCAAAUAUCGAUCAGAAACGAGCCGGUAUCUAUCUCAUCGUGUGCUUAGCUGAAACUCAUUCUGGAAAUGUUAUUCGAUAUGCGAAUUAUCUUCUGAAAAUGUUAAAUAAUGGAAAUGGAUUAGAUGAAGAUACAGUCAAGAUGGCUUCAAAAGCUCUCGCUUUUCUGAUUGCGACUUGUAAAUCAUACGCGGCCGAGCUGGUUGAUCGUUGUCUUGAUCAUUGCCACGAAUGGCUUGGUCAAAAUGUUCCACAUAGUCAGCAACCCAAAAAUCAACAGGAAAUUGAUCAAAUUCGUCGACUCGCCGCUUCACACCUCUCUCGUGAGCUCGCACUGGCCACACCGACAGCAUUCUUUCUUCGUGUAAACUUAUUUUUCAAGUAUAUCUUCAACGCUGUCAGAGACAAGAAUCCAGCUGUAAGAAUCGCCGGAAUUGAUGCAUUACACGUGGUUUUGACAAUUGUUUCACAGCGUGAAGCAAAGAAUAAAACUGAGUGGUUUAAGAAAUGUUUCGAUGAAGCACUGGAAGGUCAACCAAACCCAUCGCAAAAGGACGAUUUGGAUAGAUGGCAUGCCGUCGCCCUGAUUCUCAAUGAACUUCUUCGAAUUUCUGAUCAACGAUUCGAACUCAUCAGAUGUGAAUCCUCACAGUUUAUUAAACAAAAGUUUUUGAAAGAAGACGAAGAAGAAGGUGUUGAAUGGCUUGUCCUAACUAAGCAACAAACUAUUGUGGAAAGUGUGACUGCUCGAAAGCUGGUUUUGGAACGAUUUCCGAAGAUACUCGAUUGUGUUCGUCAGAUAAUACCUCUCGCAAACAAAACUUCAUCCACGAAACAGCAAAGCUCGAUUUACCUGAAUACAGUUCUCAUGCAGCUUCUACCAAGAAUUUGUGCAUUUCCACAAUGUGAUCGAACUUUUCAAACAAUCUCAUUCGACACUUCAUUUACUAUUCUUCAAAGAAAUGCGGUCGCUGCUCCAGCAAUCGGAAUGAUGAUGCUCUCGAAUCCAGAUGUACAUGCCACACAUAUCGAGAAAACAAUCAGUUUUAUCUCUGCUGCUAUCAAAAAAACGACGAAUUCUGAUGUUCUCGAUAAUUAUUUCACAUUCCUGUUCCUAUUUGUGGAUGCUUAUCACGAACAAGUGACGACACAAAUCAAGGCAAUAAUUCCACAAUUAAUGGAUAUUACCCUGUCUCGAUCGCUGGCAAACGUGCUAAAAAUGAUUAUGAUGAGAAUUCCGAAACUGCGGCUGAAUGUUCAAGAUGGUGUUAUGGCUUCUGUCUAUCAAACACUCACUGGAUCUCUAAUUCCACCAAAAUCCGAACCGAUUGGAAGGCCUGCGAGUCCUAAAGCUAUUUUGCAGAAAGCAGAAACCGAUCCAAAAGAGCUUCAACGAAUCGUGCUGGCUGUCGAUGUGCUCGGUGAAUUCUAUUUCUCAAGAGGUGCCUUGCAGAGAAUCAUGCAAUACGUUGCAGAUUACUACUUGACAGCGGACAAUGUGGAAAUCCGUUUGGCUGCUGUCUCUUCGUGUUGUGAAAUGGUCGUACCAUUUGUUGGAGUUUAUAAAAAAGUUACAAGUGACAAGAGAAAUAGUCUUCUUCAAACUAUUUAUGGUGUGCUGCGAGCUGUUUGUUCGGUUAUUGUUAAUGAUCAAGAUGUCCGUGUCAGAAUGCAAGUAAUCAGCUGUUUCGGACAAAUGCCACGGCCAUUCCUUGCUCAUUUGGCUCAACCCGAAAUGCUCGAAGUACAAUUUAUGGCUCUUCACGACGAAAAACUCGAAAUGCAGCAAGCAUGUGUGACGUUACUCGGACGACUCGCAGAGCUCAAUCCGGCACUUGUUUUGCCACGUCUUCGAUUGAUGCUCCUAGAGACAUUGAGUCAAAUGCAACAAAGUGGUCAGGCAAGAUUGGAGCAACAUUCUGCGAAAAUGAUCGCGCAAUUGGCGAAACAGAGUCCAAAGUUCAUGAGACCAUACGUUGGAAGUUUAAUGAUUGCUAUGAUUCCAAAAUUGAGAAAUGAUCAAAAAUAUGCCGAAGUGACUGCCCAAGUUCUGAAUGCUGUCAGCGAAAUCGCCGUGAUUGGUGGAGCCGAAAUAGUAAAAAAUUUGAAGCCAUUGUUCGAAAAGUUGACACAUAUGAUAAAUGAUUCGAGCAGCUUGCAUAAACGAGAGGCGGCUCUCCGUGCAAUUGGUGGAAUAUGUCGUUCAACUGCAUAUGUUGUGGAUCCAUAUCGAGACUAUCCAAGUCUACUUGAUGAUCUUCUUCGAAUCCUGAAAACUGUCAUGUCAAAUACAAUGAGACGAGAAGCUAUCAAAACUCUCGGAAUUCUUGGAGCAAUCGAUCCAUAUACUCAUAAAGUAUUCACUGGCUCAGUACAAAGCUCGACAGCUAUAAGCACAGCCUUAUCACUUCCAAUCUCUGAAACUGAUUCAAAAGAUCCACGUCAAGACAUUAUUCAUUGGUUUAACUAUGAAAAAUGUACAUUAGAAGAGUUUUAUCCAGCGAUUACGAUUGCAAAUUUGAUGUUAAUGAUGCAAGACGAAGAUUCGCAGAGCUACGCGGAAAUUGCUCAAGCUAUAGUAACAAUCUUCAGAAGUCUUGGUGAUAUGGCACCAUUGUAUACAGAACAAGUCAUUCCAAGGCUAAUAGAAGUUUGUCGGCGAGCAACUGAAUCAUCAAAUCGAGCCAAUUUGAGAGAGUUCUUUCUUCAACAAUUGGCAAAUUUCGUGGCAAUUAUAAGAAAGCACGCGGCACCGUAUAUGCCAGCUAUUUUCACGAUUAUCGCGGAUGCUUGGAAAGAGGAUAUAUCCGUCAAAAUGGUGGUCAUUGAAGUUCUCACUGAUAUGGGAACUGCCAUUGGAAACGAUUUCAGUAAAUACACAGGCGAACUAAUACCGUAUCUGUUGACUGUACUACAAACUGAUAAGACCAAGGAACGAGUUCUCACUGUGAAGGUAAUGGAAUCAAUUCAAAAACUGACUCAUUGUAUAGUUCAACAUCUUCAUCUUGUUCUUCCGCCUCUUCUCAUAAUUCUUGAUGAUUUCUCGUUGAAGCUAUCAAUUCGAAACACGGCUCUUUCUACAGUACUUCAUAUGACUCAACAAGUUGAUGUGUCUGCAUAUGCUCCACGUAUGAUGCAGAGUUGGCAUCAUAAUAUUUCAACUGCUGAAAUGAGAGAUAAACUGCUCCUUUUAUUGAUUGAAAUCAUCAAGCAACUCGGAAAAUUCUUUGAUAUUUUCAAACGAGGCGUUGAUCAGAAGCUACGCGAUUAUAAUCUUGAUAAAAGUGUUCACUAUGAGCAGUAUCGGAAGCUUGCUCAACGAGCACAAAUGUCACGUGAUGUGCUUACUUCAUCAGUUUUUGCGGGAUCCAAUGGAAAUAUACAGUACUCUUCGACGCAAGCGGGCAUGCGAGGUCAGGCUAACAAUGUUUAUGCAAAUAAUGAUCUACACGAGAGACUGAUGAAUGGAUCAAUUGAUUCGGGAGCGAGUCGACAGGACAAUCGAGAUGAUUAUUAUAGAUAUGGAGUCGAGGAGAAAAUUUCAGAAGAAGUUCCAAAAGUUGCUCCAACAACUGCUCGCCCUACCAGUGAACUCGUGACGGUUCAAAUCACAAAACAACGUCUCAAUAAGGAUGCUUUGAUGCCACAAUGGAAAAAUGAGAAUUUGACUUCAAAAGAUGAAUGGUUGCAGUGGUUGAUGAAGAUUCGAAUAGGAUUUUUAACUUAUGGAAGUUCUCCAUCGUUACGUGCAGCUUCUUCACUUGGUGAUCAACAUCCUCAUCUUGCACGUGAUCUAUUUCCAGCUGCUUUCAUGUCUGUAUGGACUGAACUUGAUUCGGAUGUACAAAACGAUCUAACUUCAUGUCUUCUCCGAGCAAUCUCCACAGGAAUUCCAGAAUUAAUUCAAACGAUUCUGAAUCUUGCCGAGUUUAUGGAUCAUUCUGAGAAAGGACCACUUCCAAUUUCUCAUGAUGUUCUCGGUCGAUGGGCUGAACAAACGAAGGCUUUUGCCAAAGCAUGUAGAUAUAAGGAGAUGAGUGUACUGAAGAAGUCGGGUUCAAUGCAAACGACGUUUACGAGAAAAGUGAAGCUGGAGCCAAAUGAUUGUCAGAGCCUUAUCACAUAUGCCAAUAAAUUGAACGUACAAGAGGAAGCUGCAGGUGUCGUAAGAUAUGCUGAAAGAAAUGAGAUGAACUUCCAAAUGCGCGGUCGCUGGUACGAAAAACUGAACGAAUGGGAAAAAGCACUCGGAGCAUAUGAACUUGAGGAAAAGAAAAAAUCGUCAUGCCCCAAUCUCCAGGUUUAUGAUGAAAAAGAUCAUUUAAUGACACCAGAAGAAGCAGCAACAGCAGAAGAAGCUCGAAUGCAUGAGAUGAGAUGUUUAGAAGCAUUGGGAAGAUGGGAUGAAUUGAAUAGUAAAUCAGUAGUUUGGGCGGAUCAACGAGGAAAUAGGAAUGAUUCGGUUCGUGAUGAGAUCAAUAAGAAGCAAUUGGAUCAUAAAAUGGCAGUGAUUGCGGCAAGAGGAGCAUGGGCUGUUGACAAUUGGGAACGAAUGGCUGAUUAUGUUUCAGUGAUAUCUGAAAAUACACAAGACGGUGCAAUGCUUCGAGCUGUGGUAGCUGUUCACAAUGAUGAAAACACAAAAGCCAUGGGGCUAAUCGAAAAAGUUCGCGAAAUGAUUGACAGUGAGCUGACAGCAAUGGCUAACGAAAGUUACGAGAGAGCAUAUAUUCCAAUGGUUUCUGUUCAACAAAUGGCUGAAUUGGAAGAAGCUAUUGAAUAUAAGACCCGUCCCGAACGUCGACCUCGAAUCGCACUUCUGUGGAGUCGACGCCUACAAGGAUGUCGGCGAAAUGUGGAGCAAUGGCAGAGACUUAUUAUGCUCCGUGGACUUGUAUUAUCUCCACAAGAGAUGCAUCCACUACGAGUCAAAUUUUCAUCAAUGUGUCGGAAACAGGGAAAGAAUUCAAUGUCUCGUGCAGUACUUCGAGAGCUUCUCUCUCUUCCAGCAAAUUCUGAUUUGGUGCGCGCAAAAGCUCCAUUUGACAAGCCGCUGUUGGUGUUGGCGUUGGCAAAACAGUUGUAUCAGGAUGAUCACAAAGAUGAAGCAAUUCGAGCACUUGAAGAUUUGGCGAAUCAUUGGAAUAAAAGAAUUAAUCCGAUUCCAAAGGCGACUGGUAGAGAACUGAUUCCUCCGUCGACUAAAGAACCCGCGAGAAUUUGUGCAAAAGUUUUGUUGAAACUUGGAGAAUGGACUGAGCUGAAAUCAAAGACUUCGAAUAAUAUGCAAGUCGGAGAAUUAUCAUUUGUUCGUCAACAAGUAUCACCUCAAUAUCGAACAAAAGAAUCUCGUACACCUGAGACAAUUGCCUUUGAGAAUACCAUAAAUUACUAUCAACAGGCAACACAAUACGAUCCUGGAUGGCAUAAAGUUUGGCACAAAUUGGCUUCUACACAUUUCUAUGCUGUCUGUCGAGAACGACCACAUCCAACAACGGUCAUUUCACCGCCGCAGCAGCCUCAACAACCGAAGAAAAUGCAUAUUCCACCAGUUACGAGGGCAACAUCUCCACCUCCACCGGCUCAAAAGUCGCCUCAGCCUGCUCCAUUUCAUAGUAUUACAGAGCCACUCUCUGUAAUUAUAGAUUACCCUGUUCCACCACCACUUGGUUCACUCGUCGGUCUUCCACCAAUGCCAGCUUAUUUGUCUUCGAAUUCAUCACUUCCACCACAACAUCAUCAUGUCUCACCAUUGAGCAACGAUUCUCCAUCGAAUUCAGCUGAAAAUAAGCUUUAUUUGAAACACGCGGCUCACGCUGUGCGAUGCUUCGCAAAGGCUCUGAUGUGCUCACCGGGUUCUCGACUUGAAGAUACUCUCCGAUUGAUGCAAUUGUGGUUUGAUCAUGGAGAUGAUAAAGAUCAAGAUGUUUAUUUUGCUCUUACGGAGACAAUCUUUGAUCUUCCUGUGACAACAUGGUUAGAAGCUAUUCCUCAAUUGAUGGCUCGUUUGGAUUGUCCAGAUGAUCAGAAAAGUGUUCAACUUGUUCUUCGAGUUCUUUGUGAAAUUGCCAGGCAUAGACCACAAGCAGUAAUCUAUGCACUAACUGUUGCAUCGAGAAGUAAGGAUGUACAUAGAAGUAAGAAUGCUGGAACAGUUCUCGAAAAAAUGAUGGAAUAUCAUUCAAAAUUGGUUCGAGAGGCAAGUCUUGUGACAGAAGAGCUUGUUCGUUGCGCAAUUCUGUGGCAUGAACAGUGGCAUGAUGCACUUGAUGAUGCGAGCCGUGUGUAUUUCCACGAUAACAAUGUGCAGGCGAUGUUUGAUGCUUUGAGAAAUAUGAAUGAUUUGAUGCAAAAAGGAGCUCCAACAACCAUGAAAGAGCACAGUUUCCAACAGACGUAUAGUUCCGAUUUGAAAGAAGCAGGACGAUAUGUACAAGCAUUUGAGAGUAGUGGAAAUGUGAAAGAUCUUAAUCAGGCGUGGGAGAUUUAUUGUUCGGUUUUCAAAAAGCUGCGUGAUCAACUUGCCACUUUGAACUCGUUGGAUCUUGUCUACGUAUCACCUAAUUUGGUCAGCGCAAAAGAUUUGGAACUCGUUGUUCCUGGUACAUACGAUCCAUCAGCUCCAAUAGUUUCCAUUCAAAGUUUCAGCUCAAAAAUGAAUGUAAUCACUAGCAAGCAACGUCCUCGUAAAAUGGUGAUCCGUGGAUCAAAUGGUUUAGACUAUCAAUUCUUGCUAAAAGGACAUGAAGAUCCGAGACAAGAUGAACGUGUGAUGCAACUUUUUGGACUAGUCAACACACUUCUUGCCAACAAUUCUGAGACUUGUCGCCGCAAUUUGACUAUUCAAAGAUACUCGAUUGUAGCUUUGAGCAAAGAUUCUGGAUUGAUUGGUUGGGUUCCAAAUUGUGAUACACUUCAUACACUUGUCAAGGAAUAUCGAGAAAAGAAAGCAAAGAUUCCAUUGUCGAUUGAGCACAAAACACUUCAGAAAUUAUCACUUGAAACUGAACAUUUGACUUUAAUGCAGAAGCUUCAAUUAUUUGAAAGUGCUCUAAGUGUAACACAAGGAGAAGAUCUCCGACAUGUAUUAUGGUUGAAGAGUCCGAGUUCUGAAGUUUGGUUUGAUCGACGAACCAAUUAUACAAGAUCAGUUGCAUGUAUGUCAAUGGUUGGAUAUAUUCUUGGUCUCGGUGACAGACAUCCAUCCAACUUGAUGCUCGAUCGAUUGACCGGAAAAGUUGUACACAUUGAUUUCGGUGACUGUUUCGAAGUUGCUAUGCUCCGUGAAAAAUUCCCUGAACGAGUUCCAUUCCGACUUACCAGAAUGCUCAUCAACGCUAUGGAAGUAACUGGAUUGGACGGAGUAUACAAUUACACUGCCGAACGUGUCUUGAAAAUGUUGCGAACAAAUCAAGAAUCAUUGUUAGCAGUUUUAGAAGCAUUUGUCUAUGAUCCAGUAAUUAAUUGGCGUCUUGUGGAAGGAAUGAAAAAGGAUCCGAAAACUAGAAAAGAUACAGGUGGACGUCAGAAUAUGGCUGGUGCUGUAUUACCAUCAUCAAGUACAACUGAUUCAAUUAUGGAGACGAUUAAGAGGAAACUCGAUGGGACCGAAUUCGUUCACACUGACGGAUCAACUCCACCUGAACCACUUCAAGUAACUGAGCAACUUGCAAUGCUCACAGAGCAAGCAACAUCUCCAUUGAAUUUGUGUCAAAGUUAUAUUGGAUGGUGUCCGUUUUGGUAGAAGUAUACAUAUAAAUAGAAAUAUAAAUAUAGUUAGAUAGAUAUACUGUUUCUAUUGUAGAUUGCGAAAUUUCGUAUAACAUUUCUCUCCUUACUGACCCCCCGUUUUCCUUGUUUGCCAUCAGCCAAAAAAAAACUAAAAAACUUUCCAGUCAAACAUUCCAAGACUUUUAUGCUCAACAAAUUUAUUUAUCUCUACGAUAUUGUUUCGGUUCUUAAAUUUCUCGUAUACGUUUGCCAUGACCCAAAAUUUAUUUUUUUCUGUUUUUCGUAUUUUAAAUAUUUUUCAUUAUACCCUUUCUUCCUUCACUUCGUUUUUCUCUCACAGCAAUAAUUUUUUGUGUUUUUUUCUAUUUUUCAUGUCUAGGAAUCUACGUUUUGUAAUGUCGUAAUGUAUAUAUACAAUUUUGUUCGGAAGAAAAUCGUUGUAGAUUA